AUGCCGCCGCGGCGCUCGGCCCGCAUCCAGAGCGCUUCGUCCAGCUCCGGCUCCUCGGCGGGACCCGGCACCGGCUCCAGCCCAGCGGGGACACAGUCCGAGCCCCGGAGCGGUUCCCCGGCUCCGGAUAGCCUGGACCCGAGCAGCGGGGACGCCGACUCCGGCAGCGACUUCGAGGACACGCUGCGGAAGCACGGCAAGCGGGGGGCCCGCGCGGUGCUCGGCCGCGCGCUGGUCCCCAAGCGUCCCCGGAGGGAGCCCAGCACGGAUGGGAGCAGCCCGGCCGCGAAAAACCCGGAGCAGAACAACCUCUUUGAGGCUGUGAGGUCGGCCAAGACCGCCACGGAGACGCUGGUGGACGACUGGCUGGAGACCUACAAGCGGGACCGGGAGACGGGGUUCCUGGAGCUCGUCAACUUUGUCAUCCGCUCCUGCGGCUGCAGAGGCGUGGUGACCCUGGAGAUGUUCAGGAACCUGCAGAACUCGGAGAUCAUCCAGCAGCUGACGGAGAAGUUCGACGAGGAUUCGGCCGAGUACCCGCUGUCGCUGAGCACCCGGUCGUGGCGCCGGUUCCGGGCGGGUUUCUGCGAGCUGGUGGCCGUGCUGGUGCAGCGGUGCCAGUACAGCAUCAUCUACGACGAGUUCCUCAUGGACGCCCUCAUCUCCCUGCUCACCGGCCUCUCCGACUCCCAGGUGCGGGCUUUCCGCCACACCAGCACCCUGGCAGCCAUGAAGCUGAUGACGGCCCUCGUGAACGUGGCGCUGAGCGUGAGCUUGCACAAGGAGAACAACCAGCGGCAGUACGAGGCCGAGCGCAGCAAGGGCCCGGGGCGCCGGGCCACCGAAAAGCUGGAGGCGCUGCUGGAAAAACGCCGGGAGCUCCAGGAGCAGCUAGAGGAGAUCGAGAACAUGAUGAACGCCGUCUUCAAGGGCGUCUUCGUGCACCGCUACAGAGACGUGGUCCCCGAGAUCCGAGCCAUCUGCAUGGAGGAGCUGGGCAAGUGGAUGAGGAGCUACGCGGCCUCCUUCCUCACCGACAGCUACCUCAAGUACAUCGGCUGGACCCUGCACGACAAGCAGCGCGAAGUGCGUCUCCAGUGCGUGAAGGCCCUGCAGGGCCUCUACUGCAGCCGGGACGCGGCCGCCCACCUCGAACUCUUCACCAACCGCUUCAAGACCCGUAUGGUGUCCAUGGUCCUUGACAAGGAGCCCGACGUGGCCGUGGAGGUCGUGAAGCUGCUGACGCUGAUCCUGCAGAACGCGGAGGAGGCGCUGACGGAGGACGACUGCAGCGGCGUCUACCCCUUGGUCUACGUCUCCAACCGGGCCCUGGCCGCCGCCGCCGGGCGCUUCCUCUACGGCAGGGUGCUGGACCCCCGGCGGGAGGCAGCGGAGGAACCGUCUCGCGACGGCGAGAACAAGAUCUUCUUCAGGCUGCUGCUGGACUUCUUCAUCGAGAGCGAGCUCCACGAGCACGCGGCCUACUUGGUGGACAGCCUGUGGGACUGCGCCGGGCCCCGCCUGAGGGACUGGGAGACCAUGAGCUCGCUGCUGCUGGAGAAGACCCCUGCCGAGGGCCUGGCCGACGAGCACGAGAAGGCACUGGUGGAGAUCCUGGUGGCCAGCGCGCGCCAGGCCACCGAGGGGCUGCCCCCGGCGGGCCGCGGCCCGGGCAAGAAGGUAACGGGGACCUCAGCCCGGGAGCGCAAGGCGCAGGCGGACGAGAGGACGCGGCUCACCCACUGCCUCAUCCCGGCUCUGCCCCAGCUGCUGGCGAAGUUCUCAGCCGACGCGGAGAAAGCGGCUCCGCUCCUGGAGAUCCUGCAGUAUUUCGACCUUGGCAUCUACUGCACGGGGCGGCUGGAGAAGCACCUGGAGCUGGUGCUGGGGCAGCUGCAGGAGGUGGUGGAGAAGCACUCGGGGCAGGCGGUGCUGGAGGCGGCGGCGCGGGCGCUCUACGCCCUCUGCAACCCCGAGCUCGCCCUGCACGGCCGCGGGGACCUCGUGCGCAGCCGCCUCGCCGACCAGCUGGUCGACAAGUUCCACCAGGAGGUCACCGAGCUGCUCCAGGCCUCGUCCCUGGACGACGAGGAGGUGUACAGCAUGGCGGCCACGCUGAAGCGCAUCUCCGUCCUGUUCAACGCCCACGACCUGACGCCCUGGCAGCUCUUCGAGCCCUGCGCCCAGCUGCUGCAGCGCGCCGUGGACACGGGCGAGGUGCCGCCGCAGGUCCUCGUCCCCGCCGUGGCCUGCGUCCACUUCCACAUCCUCUGGGAGCUCUCGCGCUUGCCCGGCGAUGCACCGCCGCAGGGCCAGCUGCGAAGCCUGAAGAGCAAAGUCACCUCCUUCUGCUCGCUGUGCCAGAGCUGCCUGUCCGACGUGGACCCCGGCGUCCGGGAGCAGGCCUUCGUGGUGCUCAGCGACCUGCUGCUGGUGUUCGGCCCCCAGCUGACGCGGGACGGGCGGGAGGCGCUGGAACCGCUGGCGGUGCUGCCCGACGCCGGCCUGCAGUCGCAGCUCGCUGGCUUCCUCAUGGACCACGUCUUCAACCACGUCUUCAGCCACGAGGAACUCGCCUCCGGAGAGCCCGAGGACAGCGAGAGCCACAUCGAGGGGCUGCACCGGCGCCGGGUGCUGCUGGCCGGCUUCUGCAAGCUCAUCAUCUACAACGUGCUGGAGCUCAGCGCCGCCUCCGACGUCUUCAAGCACUACGCCAAGUUCUACGGCGACUACGGGGACAUCAUCAAAGAGACGCUGAACUGCACCCGCCAGAUCAACCGGCAGGAGUGGGCUCGCACCCUGCUGCUCAGCUUGCAGCAGCUGAUGACGGAGCUGCUGCUGCAGCAGGGCCCCGAGAUCCGGGCGGCCGCAGCCUUCCUGGAGAUCCGGGACCUGGCGCGACGCUUCUCCCUCCUCUUCAGCCUCCACCAGCUCCGCAACCGCCUGGCGCUGCUCAGCGUGCACAAGGAAGGGAUCCAGUUCGCUUUCCAGGAGCCGCCGGGCCCCGGGCCGGAGCCGCAGCCUCUCAACCUGCCCUUCCUGGAGGUGCUGAGCGAGUUCUCGCCCCGGCUGCUGCAGCCCGACAAGGCGCUGAUCUUGGCCUACCUGGACAAGAUGUGCCGGGAGCAACGGUGGCCAGCAGCGGCGGCGGACGACCCGUGGCCCUCGCUGGAGGUGUAUCGCAGCUCCCUGCAGCCGCAGGACGACGCGAGCUCCGUCUCGGCCCCGCGCCAGCCGCCCGGCUCCGCCGCCAAGAGACGCCGCUUGGAUGCGUCCUCGGAGCGCACCGACUCCAGCCUCCAGCUGAGCAGCCGCCUCGCCAGCCCGGCCCUGACGUCCACGGCGCUGCGGGGCAGCCACCAGGCGCCGCGACCCCGGCCGCCGCGACGGGACCGCGGCUCCGACUCGGAUUCGGCUCGGAGGCGCCAGCCCCCGCUCGGCGUCGGGCCCCGGCUUCCCGGCUUCUUCUCCCGGAGCAGCUCCGUGUCCCGUCAGGGCAGUAGGACGGAUCGGCUCAGCCUCAUGGAGGAAGAGGAGGCGACGGAGGAAGAGGAGGCGAUGAUCGAGGAGGAGAGCAGCGAAGAGGAGGCUCCGCAGCCGCGCAGGGCUCUGCACCCCCAGCAGCUCCGCCAGCAGCAGCAGCAGCUCCGCGACCUCUUCGACUCCACCAUCCUGGGCAUCGAGGACGCGUGAGGCGGCCGGAGCGCAGAGCCCUGACAGUUUGUUGCCUG